AUGUCUACCCAAUCAACACGAUUAUAUAUUAUUUUAUUUUCAUAUUCAUCAAAUGAAAUAUUUAAUGAAACUAUUAUAAAUCCAUAUGGACAAGAAUAUGAAAAACUAGAAGAAAAAUAUUUAUCAACAUUAACAUGUCGAUGUACUCAAAUAUCUAUACCUUAUCGAGAUUUAAUAACAAUCAAAGUUAAUUAUUUAUUUUAUGAAGAACAUUGGUACGAGUAUAAACGACGUGAUAUUCGUGUACAUAGUAGUGCAUAUUUUUUAUUUUUUUCAAAUUUAUAUCAGAUUUCUCAAAUAACAAUCAAUUGUGCAACUGAAGAAUUUCUUAAUAAAAUAUUUAUCAAUACUAAAUUAAUAUCAGAAUCUAAAUUUAAUACUCAAAUUAAAAAUAUUAUUUUACAACUUUAA